GUCGUUGAGAUUCUUGAGAACGUUCAAAUGGUCAAUCUUCGAACUUGAACAUUUUAAAUAUCAACGUUCAACGUUAACAGUCAUCGAAUCAAUGUACGAUGUUCAACAUUCCCGUUCAAUGCUUUGCGUGCGGAGGUGAAAUCGGUUCGUGACGAUUUGUGUCGGUGAUUGAAUUACUCAAGUUGUAUGUCAUCGUCAAGGGGCUAGCUCAUCAUGCCAAUAAUCACUCAGUAACUUACACCCUUCUAUAUUGUUCGGUACAAUGUCUCUUGACGUGGCCACGGGUCAGAAACCCGUGCACAUGCUCUCAAGACUGUCAAUUAAUCGUGGCAUAGAUGUUUUCAUCUGGUGGCCGUACCGUCGCGCCAGUAUUGCGAUGGGCUUUAAUUCGCAUCGUACGGGGCCUAUCACGCCUUCGCGAGUAUGCCGAUGGAUGCAUAUAUUAGACCCACUGUACCACGACGGGCGUGCAGUUCUGCGACCCGUCCAAAUUCAGAAAUGCGGCGUAUUACUCUAUGACGCUCAAGUAUCCGGUCCAGUCCUGAACGAAGACGCUUAUUUGAUGCCUGGUGACUACGGUUAUUUUCCUGCGGAAUCCAAAGAGGGACUCAAUUGGCGCGUACAACCAUUUCGAUCCCUUCCGUCGGUUACGACCAUCGAAAGAGAACGGGAACUUGCAAUUAGGCUCCCAAAGUUGUUUGCUAGGCAACCGCACAUUUUGGAAGUUCCUGCGGAAUUUCAGGAAGUUGUUCAGCGGCGGGACUCUGGUCGAUGUUUUGUCUCUGGGACUUCGCCUGAAGAGGGUGCAGAACUUGAAGUAACAUGGAUAUUUCCCCCUGCGUCCGUCAGCAAGUUCGAUUGGCCACGUCCUGGGCAUCCUAAUGCCGUAGUGGCGGAUAACACUGCGGCAAUGCGUAAAGACAUUUUACCAUCAUUUCGAAGAAAUGUCUUUGGGGUUGAUGUGGAUGACAACCGUCGCAUCGUUACAUUUUAUGACACGGGUUCCACCCAACUCCCAACCCACCUUCCGACGUCUAUCCCAGGACCCAGUGAUCAAUACCUCAGAAUGCAUCUCCGCUGGUGUCUCGUGGCGUUUACUACGGACCUCGACAUCAUGGAGGAAAUUGACUGGCGUGACAUAGUUAGGCUGGAGGAAGAACUGGGACUAACGGGCGAAGAUGCGGAUUGCGGAGUUGUGCCAGCGGACGAUGAGAGGUGGCAGACGCCUCUUGGACGGGAGAUUUGGGAAGAUGUUAUUAGAAGGGGGUUGUGGGACACGAUGCAAAAGCAAAAGACUGAGGAGGAAGAGGACGAGGAACCCGUAUCCGUCAUAGAUGUCAGUGCGGAUGGAUGGCCAGCUGAUCCUUACCGUCUGACAAGGUGAAGCUUCCCGAGCGUUUUCCAGCCACUUACAUGACGAUCAUCGGUGCCUUCAACCCGCUACUAGUAGUCGUCAAAGAUUGCUAUCCCGUUACUGUUGCGAAUGUCAUGGGGUAUAUUUUAUCUCGGACAACUAAAUGCUUUUGGCCCAACCUUCGCCUCCCCCAUGUUCCUCUACCUUUGCCUCUAUGCACAAACUCAUGUGAAUUAGGCGAACUUACAGGAUGCUUGUGCUGAUAUUGUAUCGUAUCGAAUCUCAGGAUGUAGUUGAAGAGUUUGUAUGACCAUUUCGAUACUUUCCAUUGGUUAUGACCAUCGAAAAAGAACAGGAACUUGCCCACCCUCCGUUGUGAACCUGCUUUCCUCAACCCUAUAGUUUCAUCGUUGACGUGGAAUACCGUUCAGCAGCGCGAUUUGGGUCGUUUUUUUUUCUCAGCGGACUUCUUCAGGAGAACGCAUAAACCGCAAUAACUUAGAUAUUUCCCC